AUGUUCUACAUCUUCCGCGCACUCGGACGCCUCUUGGGUGCUUCCAAAGCAAUUCCCUCUGCUGCUACUACCACACAGGUAGCGGAGACACAGCCAGAAACCAGCGCGCCGGCUCUCAGCACAGAGACGAGCGCGACAUCAUCCUUAACCACAUCGACACCACCAGCGGAUAGUAGCUCUGCGACAUCUUCGCCAGACUACCGGGCCGCUUUCAACUAUGCGUCUCGCCCAACAAGUUAUGCAAGGUCUAUAGAACCACCGGUUCAAUGGCCAUCAUUCGGUCGUCCAGUGGACGCACCAAAGUCUACAGCAGACAUCGCAGAAAAAUCCACACGCCACCUUGGUGACAUAUCGCCACCAUAUGUCCCUCUCUGUGACCUCGCUCACAUCAACACCGCUUGCGAUGGUGCUUCCGCCUAUGAGCCUGCGGAUGUCGACAUGACAGACGCGCCCACUCUACCUACACCCCCAGCGUCACCCACAAACCAAUAUUACGCAUCCGAACCUACAAAUGAGUCCGCAGAGGUAAACAACAACAACACCGCCCCUCAGAACACCACACAAAAUCCGCAGCACACCACUACCACCACCGCCAGGCCCACCAUCCCCCGCCACCCCCUCUCCACAACUCCCAACUGGGUCGACGAAAUAACCUACGAAACCUCCACCCCCUCCUACCCACUCCCCGAAACCUACGCCGGAACCUUCCGCGGAAUCCGGUACUACGCCGCCGACUACACGUCCCUCCUCCCCUGCGGCAGCGAAAACCACCACCACCUCCUCUGCGGCCACUACGUCUUCAGCGCCCUGCCCUGCGGCCGUAACUGCAAGACUCCCGUUCAAGACACCGCGCCGUUUACUUGUCCGACGUGUCGUGCCGCCAUCGAUGACGUUUUCAACGGCAAGGGCGAGGCGGCGAAGGUGAAGGAAAUGCAGGGCGUUGAUGCGUCGGUGGGUAUCGCGUAUGCUGUUGAGCUUGCCACGCGUACGCUGCCGAGGGUUAAGGGCGGUGUCGCGGAUGCUGUGAUGGCGUUUUUGCACAAGGGGUAUGGGAGGGAGGAUUGUGUGGGGUCCGAGGGGCCGAGGAAGGUGGAGACGUUGGAUUUGAGGGAGAUGGUGGGGGAGAUGCAGGGGGGGUGGGAGAGGAGGCAGAUGAGGAUGAUGGAGGAAGAUGCCUUGAAGGCCGCGGAUGAGGCGGUGGGUAGAGCGAAUGCGAGUGGGAGGGAGAAGAGGAAGGGGCGGGCGGAUGAUGUGCUGGCUGACGGAGAGGUGCGGGAGGGAAAGAAGAUGAAGACGAAGUUGACGUCGUGUCUGGAACCCAUCACCGACGUGACGCGUGGGAAGAAGCGGUCUUUUUCUUCUUCAUCCUCGACAUCGACAUCACCAUCCCAGUCCACCCACAACAACCGCAACAAAAAGCCCAAACACAAGUUCAUCACCCACCCAUCCCCUACCACUUUAGCCCUCAGCACCAAGCGAUCUUUCCCCUCGCUGGACUCCUCCGUCUCCGACUCUGACUCUUCCGGCUCUGGCUCCUCCUCACCCACUAACACCACCUCUUCUUCUUCCGCCACCUCCCACUCCACCACCACCACCACCACCUACAGGAAACAGCGCACCCAACCUACUCCAUCGGGUGAAGUCCGCUUCCAUGAACAGCUAGCUCGACUGGGUCCGAUUGUACGAGGCCGCAAGAUGAACGAUGGGUUUGAGAAUGAUGUGGAUGUGGAUGGUGAAGGUGGAGAGGGUAGGAGGGGGAGGAAGAUGGCACGGUUGCAGGGUGGAAAGGUUGGAAGGAUUUAA